AGCUUUUGAAUGUCUCCACGUGAAAAGAGAGUUCCAGAAUUUGUUAGCAUUUUUGAUUUAGCGUAAAGAGAAACGUCGUCAUGUCUGCUAUAAAGUCAUUAAAUCCAAAAGCUGAGGUGGCUCGAGCUCAGGCUGCUCUUGCUGUUAACAUAAGUGCUGCUCGUGGUCUUCAAGAUGUGUUAAAGAGUAAUUUGGGGCCUAAAGGAACAAUGAAAAUGCUUGUAUCUGGGGCUGGUGACAUAAAGCUGACCAAAGAUGGAAAUGUUUUGCUGCAUGAAAUGCAAAUUCAGCAUCCGACGGCAUCUCUGAUUGCUAAAGUGGCUACAGCACAGGAUGAUAUCACUGGAGACGGAACAACAUCCAACGUACUCAUCAUAGGAGAGCUCCUGAAACAAGCUGACCUGUAUGUAUCAGAGGGUCUUCAUCCACGGAUAAUAGUAGAAGGCUUCGAGGCAGCCAAAGAGAAAGCCCUUGAGGUCCUAGAGCAGGUGAAGGUGACUAAAGAGAUGGACAGAGAGACUCUCAUCCAUGUUGCCCGAACCUCCCUCAGAACCAAGGUUCAUACUGAACUGGCGGAUCUGCUGACCGAAGCUGUUGUUGAUGCUGUUCUCACCAUCCAUAAACCCAAUGAGCCCAUCGACCUUUACAUGGUGGAGAUCAUGGAGAUGAGACACAAGACAGACAGCGACACAGUGCUGAUCCGAGGCUUGGUGUUGGACCAUGGUGCCCGUCAUCCCGACAUGAAGAAGAGAGUGGAGGACGCAUAUGUGCUCACAUGCAAUGCGUCUUUGGAGUAUGAGAAAACAGAAGUGAACUCUGGCUUCUUCUAUAAGAGCGCUGAUGAGCGUGAGAAGCUGGUCUCCGCAGAGAGGAAGUUCAUCGAGGAUCGUGUCAAGAAAAUUAUUGAGCUCAAGAAUGCUGUGUGCGCUGAUGGGUCCAAAGGCUUUGUGGUCAUCAACCAGAAGGGCAUCGAUCCCCAUUCCCUGGAUGCGCUGGCCAAAGAAGGAAUUGUUGCUCUGCGUAGGGCAAAGAGAAGGAACAUGGAGAGACUCACCCUAGCCUGCGGAGGGAUGGCCAUGAACUCUGUGGAUGACCUUACACCAGACUGCCUGGGCCACGCCGGUCUGAUUUAUGAACAUACCCUGGGCGAAGAGAAGUUCACAUUCAUUGAGAAGUGUGGGAACCCUCGCUCAGUGACCCUGCUAGUGAAGGGACCCAACAAACACACCCUCACCCAGAUCAAAGACGCUGUGCGUGACGGGCUGAGGGCGGUUAAGAAUGCCAUUGAAGAUGGUUGCGUCGUGGCAGGGGCAGGGGCGUUUGAGGUUGCUGUGGCAGAUGCUCUGGUGAAACAUAAGUCCUCUGUGAAAGGCAGGGCUCAGCUGGGGGUGCAGGCUUUCGCUGAUGCCCUUCUCAUCAUCCCCAAGGUCCUGGCCCAGAACUCUGGCUACGAUGCUCAGGAGACUCUGGUCAAACUCCAGACUGAGUACAAAGAGAGCAGCCAGCAUUUAGGAGUGGACCUGAGCUCUGGAGAACCAAUCCAUGCCGCCGAGGCAGGCAUCUGGGACAACUACAGUGUUAAGAAACAGCUUCUUCACUCAUGCACGGUAAUAGCAAGCAACAUUCUUCUUGUGGAUGAGAUCAUGAGAGCUGGCAUGUCAUCCCUAAAGGGCUAAAGUCAAAAACCAAAAUGAGCAACAGGAUCUUCAGCACUUGGGAUAUUAGUUAAUUGAGGAGCCAGUGAAGUGUGUAUGCUGAACUCAUUCUAGGAGGUUAGACAUCCUACAUAGCGAGAGACGCGGGCAGGCCUCUUAUGUGCAUGUAUUCCCACCAAUGUUUUAUAAUGCAGUAUGUCUUGCCAUGUCAAUGUUUCCAUGAAGCCUCAAUGAAUUUGUGUUAAAUUGUAGAUCAUACCAAGAAUGUUACCUCACUCUUUGGAAUAAACUGCUUGCAUGGCUCUGA